UACGGUCAGUUUGAAAAGAAGCUUCCUUAGAGACACCUGCCUUCGUAAACAAACACCCAAAUAUUUCGGAAAUUUUGUUGACAUGUAUUUCCAAAUGCUCCAUGGUCUCUCAAUUGUUCUGCUCUACUACAUGUAUGAAUAAGUAAUAUCACAAACGUGCUCCUGGACCGAAGAGGCCCAACCAACAAAGAUCAUACGAUGGUACAUCGAUGCCGGUUUGAACCAGUUGAAGGCAAGCUUUUCCUUUAUACGCUUUCGCCAUAAUUGAGAUGAUUUCAAUGCCUGUCUAAUUGUCGCGUCGUAGCCUGGGGGCACGAUUCGUUACAGCAUAUCGGAGAAGAAAGGCUUCCGACGAUAGCAUACCGUGCCGCACCUUCCUUUAUGUCAAUGCGUAGAAGAUAGGACCACUGUCAGGGUACGUAUGAACUUUGGGGCCUGAGAGUUUGCAGCAGAAUUCGUUCAACCCUGACCAUUUACCUGUCCGGUCACAUUUUUGAGCCGUGAGUUUGAUGCACAUAGCGACUUUCAUUGUUCAGGCGGAUGUGUGGCGACGCUGGGCAAGAAAAUAUGUUGUCUAUCACCCCGCUUGCCAGGCUGAUUAGCAUAAAAAUAGCGUGACGACGUCUCGAUCGGCCGAAUAUGGGCAUUAGGUGGAAGAACCAGUGUAUCACCCAAGCCCGUUGUCUACCUGCCGCCAUUUUGUAAAUCAUGCAUGGGACCAGGCACGACAAAGAAGUCAAUUUUGUGAGUGUGUUAGAGUUAUCAGGAUAUAAAACAGUCUAACACAAGUCACAACAAUGAUCCGGGACAAGUCAGGAAGCAGGCAUUAUCGGGUUACGGAGUCGCAGCCAUCGUCUAGGACACAUUCGAGGCGAGGUUCCUGGUCUAGCACAACCUCAGAGCCCGUACCGAGACUGGAUCCUGACGAUGAUGGGGAUUUCGACACGCCGACCGGGUCCCCUAGAGGCUCCCCGAGACCAAGGACACUCGAGGUCGGUCCACCGCUCGGGUACGACUUCACACAGGGUCCGGGACCGGGGAUACCGCCGCCACCCUAUCCGGGCACGUCAGGUAUGCCAAUCACACCUACUGCAGUUUCAAAUUUGCAACGGUCAUGGUCCGUAACAUCCUUGUCAGACGCUGUUUAUGAAGAAAAAAUCAAGCAGCUCGAAGAUCAGAACAAGGCUUUCGCUGUUUAUGUAGUUCGAUCUAGGGAACUUGACCGAGAAAAUCGGGCACUGAAAGCACAUAUAGAUUCAUUAAUGUCGUCAGGUGUAUCUUCAGACGCUUCCGAUGCUUCUGCCCCUCAAUCGCCACAAACACCGACAACUCCAACAUCACCAUUGUCUCCCUCAAGCUCCGGGCCUGUAACAGAGCGUCAGAGAUACAUGGAAGAAAUGACAAAGCUACGAAAAAAGCUUUUAGAAGUAGAGACAGAGAAUAGAGAGCUAAAAUCUCUUGUCAACAAGAUGAGAAGAAGCGAAGACGUAUUCAACAAGACGCAAGAUGAGUUUCAGAAGAUGUUGGGUGAAAAUUUGCAGCUAAAGCGGGACAAGGCAAAAAUAGAGUUUGAUCUCGAACGACAGAAAAAGGCCAGUGAGAAGGCAAAGUAUCUAGAGGAAGAAAACUUGGUGCUCCAGAAGCAGUCUAAAAGUAGGGAAAUGGCAGAUGAAGAAAUGAGGCAACUACGACAAAGAGUGUCUGACCUCUAUGCCGAGAAAGAGCAAGGAGAGAAAGAGAGAAAGCUUAUUGAAGAGCAAUGCCUUAAAUUGCAAGAAAAUGCAAGAAAACAGCUAGAAGGAGACGAAGCCGUACAGAGAAUAGUACAAGAGAACAGAGAGUUAAACCUACAGAUAAGCAAGCUGAAGAAGCUAGAAUUUAAUCUCCAAGAAACUAGGAAAAACCUAGAAAAAUCAAGAGAGGAGUGUAGACAAAUGAGGCAAGACAACCUUGAGAAGCGAAGGCAUUUGGAGUACAUAGAGGCACAGAGGUUUGAAGAAAAGCUUGAGAAAAGCCAAACCAAUGUGAAAGAAUACAGAGCUAAGCUACUUGACGUUCAGAAUGAAAAGAAGAACCUAUUGGAAGAGAAAAGGUCAACUGAUAAAAAGCUUAGAGAAUUGGAGUCAUUAAGGAGCGAGUCAAAAGUUCAAACGCAGCAGAUCGCUACACUCCAAGCAAGAGCAGAACAGAUGGGGCAGAUGGAACAGGAAAUGAAAACCAAUCAAGAGCAAAUAAACGCUUUAAGUGAGGAAAGGGAGAAUCUUGUGAAGGAUUGCGAGCGGUACAGUCACCUCAUCCAGCAAGCCACAGACCAACUGACACAACUGCAGAGAGAAAACAGUGAACUCAAGACACAAGCUGACAAAGUCCCAGGUAUGGAGAGCACUCUAACAGAAAUGGGUGCUAGAUUAGAACAGCUGUCAGGGGCCGAAGACGAAAAUCAAGUGUUGCGAAAAACAACAGAAGAGCAAGGGAAAGAGCUGGAAAGGUUAGGAAGAGAAAGUGGAGAUGAAAUUGCCAAGCUGAAAGCAAACAAUGAAGAAAUGAUGGCCUACGUCCAGCAAACAGAGCAGCAGAUUAAUGACAACAACGAGAAAAUGAAUCAAAUACAACAGGUGAACGUGCGCCUGGAAGAACAAAACAGAUCCAUCAAGAAGGAAAUGCACGAAGUUUUAGUAACGUCAGGACAAAUUAGACGUUCUUUGGAUGAAAAUAAGAAACAAAACGUCACUGUUUCUCAGUCUAUGAAGGAUGUGGAAGAGCGUUUACAGUCUGCGAUCCAGGAAAGAGAUUCGAUGAAAUCUAAGGUUUCAAAUCUAGAAAAGUUAUUGGAAGAAUCAACGGCAAGAGAAAAAGAACUUUCAGAAGCCAAAACAAAGGAAGAGGAAGAAAUGGACAAGAUGAAGAAAGAACAUAGUGAGAUGAAGGAUAUGGUCAGUGGGCUGCAGCAAGUCAUGUCGGAAAAUGACUCCGCGAAACAGGGUCUGCUCACCGCUAAGGAAAAAGGAGACGAACAGCUGGAAACUUUGAUGAAGGAAAAUCAAGAGCUGCAAGUAAAGAUUUUCAGUCUAGAGAAAGCUCUACAGGAAGAUGCACCAGACAACGACAAGAUGAACAGUUUGAUCGCCGAUAAGAAAAUCCUGGAAGAAAAAGUUGCGGACCUCGAGAAGAAACUAUCAGAGAAUGUAGCCAAGUUGUCAACGUGCCUUGCUGAGCAGAGAGAAGCAGAAGACACAAAAAAGAAAGCCGAAGAGUACACAGUCAUGGUGGUGGAGCAUCAAAAUCUGCAGACGAAAUAUUCAGACCUCGAAAGCCUUCUUGAAGAUACCAAGAGCCAAAGAGACUCUCUUAGAUAUGAACAAAAAAUCAAGUAGCAAGUCUGUGGAAGCCGUGGCAGAGAUGGAGUGUCAAGAAACCCAGACAGAUUCAGAGCAUGUGGAGGAGCACACAAGUCAGAGAGAGGGGAAACUGUCAAAGAUGGAGUGGAAAGAAACCCAGACAGAGUCAGAAUAUGUGGAGGAGCACAUAAGCCCGAAAGAGGAAAAACUGUCAAAGAUGGAAUGGAAAGAAACCCAGACAGAGUCAGAACAUGUGGAAGAGCACACAAGCCCGAAAGAGGAAGAACUGUCAAAGAUGCAAUGGAAAGAAACUCAAACAGAGCCAGAACCUGAGAAGACAGAUACACUUCAGGUACAGGAAAAAGCGGACAAAGACCAACAAACAGAAGAAAGUGCGAAAAAGAUUACCGAUUUAGCAAAGGAACUGAAAGAGCUCAAAGUGGAAAAUGCCAGACUGUUAGCUGAAAAGGAAUACAUUCUACAACAGUUUGAGAUCUCUCAUACCAAAGAAGAUGAAAUCAAGCCCUACAAGGAUGCCGUGAACAAGGCAGAGGAGGAGAAAAAGAUGGUGACAGCAGAGCUAGACACGCUCAAAGUACAGGUCGAGGAUCAAGAAGCGGCCCACAAAACUCUCAUCAACGAGAAUCUUCAACUGAAGAAAGACCUUGGCCUUCAAACCGAGCUAGCGACAAAAUACCAACAAGACGCAUUGGCUCGAAAAACAGCAUAUGAGGGCAUGGAGAUGCGCAUUGGUGACAUAGAGAAGAUGACAGAAAAGCUCAAACAAGAAAACAAAAGUCUAAAAACAGAGAAGAUCAACUUGACCAAGGAAACCGGGACUGUAACACCAAAGAAAGCAAGCCAGCGUUAUCGGGAAGCAAUAGCAACAUUGGAGCAAGAAAAUAAGAGUUUGGAAGAGGCGGCUAAGGAACAAAAGAAGACAAAACGAGAGAUGGAACAAGCGAUUGACAAGCUUAAAAAGGACAAUGCCCGUCUCAAAGAAGAACUUGAAUCCCAAAAGGCAGAUCUAAGCAGCUCCAAGACUUUGGUUCAGGAGAAAGAACAGAAGUUGACGGAAAAAGAAAACAAUUUGCAGAAAGAAAAGCAAACGGUAGAGGCACUUACAACACAGAUAGAGAAUGAAAAGAAGACAGUACAGGAGCUCAAUGCAGAGGUGAAGAGCCAAAGGGACAUUAUGACAGCACUUGAAAAUCAACUAAAGGAGGAAAAGGCAUGUCGCAAAGAACUUGAAGACAGUGCAGAGAAAACAAGGAAAGAGCUGGAAGACGCAACAUCUCGGAUGGCGGGACAUUCAAAGGAAGCGGAAACAAAACUUCAGGAGCUAGAAAAAAAGAAGAUAAGCUCCGAGAAAGAGAUUGAUGAUAUGCAGAAGUUGAUCGAACAGAUCACACAGUCGAACAAGACAUUGGAAGCGGAGAAAGAAGUCCUGGAGAAGGAUGUUGAAUCCCAGAAAGAGCUGAUUGAGGCCUUGGAAAAGGAUUUAAAUGAGAUGCAAUCUAAGUUGACGGGUGUGAGCUUAGAACUGGACGGAGUGAAAACUGAACUCCAGCGAACGGAAGAAGUUGGGGAGCAAAUCAAUCAGCUCUUGACAAAAACGAACAAGGAAGGUGAAAAGAUGCAGAAGAAAAUAAAAGACCUCAAGAACGAAGUGGAGACGACAAAAGUGGAAAAGAAGACCUUGACAGCCGAGAGAGACCACCUUCAAAGACAGCUACGGAACAGCUUGUCAAAUGUGGAAGAGGAAGCUUCAGAGAUUAUGCAGCUGAAAGAGAAGCUCAGUCUAUCUAAAGAUGAAACAAGAGAGGCAAACACAGAGAACGAAAAGCUUAAAGCUCUUGUUCGUGAGCUGAAGGACACUCACACUAAAAUGCGCACCGAAAAUCUUCACUUACGAGGGAAUGUGACACACAAAAUAAAGAGAUGGAAAAGAAAACAAAGGAUCAUGAAGACAAAACCAGGGCAGUGGAGGAACAUAAAUGCGUUGAAGAAACAGGUAGAAGAUUUGCUACACCUGAAACACAGCUAUGAAGAAAGCUGCAAAAAGAUUGAGGAGAUGUCUGUGGAGAAAGCAUCGCUUGAGGAAGAAAACAAUCGCCUGGGUGAGCAAUUAAAGGAGAAGGAAGCACAUAUCGCAGGGAUUGAGUCUGAGAAAGCCUUCCUCGAGAAAGUGAUGAAAGAAAAGGUGGAUGAAAUCAACAGCAUCAGGACGACCUUAGAACAGAAGGUCAACGAAGCAGAGAAUGCAAAAACCAACAUAGAGCAGAAAGCUAAAGAAGCAGAGGACGCAAUAAAGAACAUAGAGCAGAGGGUAAAGGAAGCAGAGAGUGAGAAAAAGAACAUAGAACAGAAGGCCAAAGAAGCAGAAAAUACGAAAAGCAACAUCAUCAAAGAAAAGGAAAACUUGAGCGAAAAGAUUAAACAGGUCGAAAAAGCAAAGGCGCUUGUUGAGAAAGAGAAAGAGCAACUUCAGCUGAGAGUCGGCGAUGCAGAGGUUCUUUUGCAAACCAACAGGGAAGCGCAUGAACAGAAGUUAAGAGGCGUGGAGGAGGAACUAUUGAGAACAAUAGAAGAAACAGAAACUCUCAAGAAGUCAUCAACAGAAAUGAAGAAGAGCAAGGAGCAAGGAGAUCUUGAAAUAGCCAAGCUCCAGGCACGCCUAGAAGAGCUACAGAAAGACAAGGCCGAGUCAGACAAAGAAAAGGAGCGCCUUAAGCGAGAGAAAAUCGGCCAGGAUAGCAAGUCGUCCGAGCUUUCUUCAUUGCAGUGGCAGUUGAAAGAGAAGGAAAGACGUUUGAAGGAGAAGGAAAACGUUGAAGAUGAGCUCACUGAUGUGAAACGACAGCUUAGAUCUGCACUACAAGACAAAGAAACCAAAGACAAGGACUUCACAAAACUUCAACAGUCGACAGACAACCUUGAGAAGAAACAUUCUAUGUUAGAGAAAGACCUACAAGAGAAGCAAAGCAACUUAGAGGUAUUAAAGGCAGACAAAGAGCACUUGGGAUCGAAAGUGACAUCGCUCGAAGAGGACAUUAAGACAUGGAAGAAGCUGGCUGAGGACAGACAGAGGGAGAACUGGCGUCUUGGAGAUGAGUCAUCUAAGACUAUCAAACAACUUGAAAGAGUCGUUAUAGAAAAAGAGAAGGCUGAGUUAUCGGCAUCUGCCAAAGGAAACAGUGAAUUGCAAGAGACGUCUAAGAAACUGGUCGAUGUGACUAAUGAAGUUGAGCAGCUUCGAAGGGAGAACAGAGAAAUAUCAGAGCAAAGCGCUGCAAAAGACAUGACCAUCCAGUUAAUGGAGAAAGAACAGUCAAUAGUGGCAGAGCUGAGAACGGAAGCCAAUGCCCUGCGCGACGAAUUGUUAAAGUUGAAGGAAGCCAGAGCAAAACAAGAAAACCUCGUGCACAAGUUGGAAGAGGAGAACCAUUCUCUACGAUCCAAGGUGGACAUGGAUGAAAUGACAGAAAAUUCAGAGUCCGUCCGCAAACUUAGGUUCCACGUUGCGCAACUUCAGGCUGAGAACAAAUCGUUGCAAGGCUCCCUGAGGGCAAAGGAGGACAUUGACUGGCAGGUGAAAAAGAGGAGUAAAAGUACGGAAAAGUUGGAAUCACCAAAUGAGCGCAUGAGAGAACAUCGGUGGAGACAGAGUGUGGACAUUGUUGAACAGAUGCGAGCUCUAGAAGACGAAAAUGAAGCAUUGAAAUCUUUAGUGGAGUCGUCGAAACUUGCCGAGGCACAGGCAAGAGCCUACAUCGAGCGCAUAGACAUUGUAAACAGGGACAUGCAGGAGAAAAUGCAGAUGCUGGAAUCACAGAAUCGUGAAAUGCGAGAGCAGAUGUCCUUUGUCCGAAAAGAAAUCGGUGCAGGGGUCCGCAGUAGCCCAGAAGGUGACGACGGUGAUAAAAAACGAGACGAAGGCACGGCGAGUAUUCCAGAGUCGGAAAAGGAAGAAAUUGAAGAGAAGCUCUGGCAACUGGAAUUAGAGAACAAACAGUUGAAGAAAACGCUUGAAUAUCUAAGAGAGGACGUAAAGACGAGCAAAAGUCCUUCUCCAAAAAUAUCGGGAGAUGUAACGAGAAUUCGGCAGCUCGAGAGAGAGAAAGCUGAACUUUUGGCAAAGCUAGAAAGGGUGGGAACGAACCCGCAGCCAGACACAGGGUCUACUGUUGAGUACCUCCAAACGGAAAUCAAGAGAAUCUCUGGCGAGAGAGACGAGUGGCAGAGUCUAGUACCUGAAGUUGACCAGCUCAAGCGGACCUUGGCCUACGUUAAGACAGAAAACGCCUCGCUCAAGGAGAACCUUCAGAAAGUGCAAGUCAAGAACAACGAGCUUGAGAAGAGCUACCUACAACUCAGAGAAGAGAGGGAAAAACUCAAGAUGAAGUACGAAGGCACAAAGACGAAGAAACGACGGCCUUCCAGUGGUGCAGACUCGGAUAAAGAGGAGAAAGAAGACAAGGAGGCAAAGGAGAAGGUAAGCACAAACAACGAAAUCUGUCUGUCACCAUUUAAUGGAGAAACACAACACACAACAACACUAACACAUUCUAAUAUAUCAUCAUACUCCAGAUCCAUGUCCUUAUCUGCUGACAACGACUUGAACAUUUCUAACAAAGAAUUGUCGUCAUCGUGUGAGUCGUUUUACUCCAUUCAUUCUAUGACUAACAUUGCCAACGAAUCCAUGCAAAAACUGUCUGUCUCCUCGUCUGCUGUGAAUGACAGUGAAGUGAUAAACGUGCAGACCCCAGGGCCUGAUCACACUGACCAGACAGAAGAGUGUAAGUCUGAAUGUCCGUCCGUGGACAAGUUGAUGACUGAGAAGAAUGUUGGUGUCUCUCCGCCCACAGGGAAUGAAGCGCACCACGUCGAUGAGGGACUCCUUUGUACGACGGCUGUUCCCGAGCUCAAAGUAGACGCACCUACUGUGGACUGGAGACGAGCGUUCCUGCUCUGGACGGACCACCAGGCCAUGAAGGUACACUCACAAGAAGUCGAAGAAGAGAACAAGUCUCUAAAGUCACAACUACAGAAAAUGGCGAAAGACUUCGAAAAUCAGCAAAAGCUGCGCAAAAGAGUAAUGGAGGAUGACAACAUGCUAGAAGACAUUGUCGAAGAGCUCCAAAAGCAGAUGGACAAAAACUCACAACUAAAGCAGACAAUCAAAGACAUGAAGCUAAAGGAAAAAACUUCUUAAGUGCCGCAGAGAAAGAUCUCAAGAAAUUGAAGGUUAACCUACACGAACUCACUACAGAAAAACAGACACUUGAAAAAGCUCUGCAGAUAGAAAGAGAUAAGGAAUCCAAAACUGACAUUUGGUGUUUCAUAAUUUUGUGCAUAGCAAUUUUGGCUGCCACGGUAUUCGGAAAACAUUAGUGUUUCCUAUUGUAACAGAAACAUAAUAUUUCAUAUCAAUAUGGUGAUGGGAGAACAUUAUGCAAAUCUUUUGUUAUGUCUUUGCCUACUUUCCAUGGAACCCACCUUAUGAUACCAAAGAUAUAAACCAUUGGCGUACAGCGGGCAUCCAUUUGUUCAUUCAAAAUAAUUAUAUUGGCAUCUUUCGUUUUCACCUGUACUUUGUUGUAUUCCUCUUUCAUAUAUCCGUGCUUAACGCAACUGUAGGGCAUGUUGAAAUGUAGACCAAACUGGACAAAGAUUUAGAGUACUACGCUAAUCAUACAUUAAGGGCAUUGGAUAAUUAUUUAUAAAGGAAGAUGUAGCAAUAAGGCAAUAUGUAGCAUAUAUGUAAUAAACGGGCUUAAAAGAUACUUUUAUACAGUAAUUAGCAAACUAUAUUUUAAGCGGACGCAAUAGCUAAUGUUAUCGGAAUGUGUGGUGGCAAUGGCUUGCCCAGGAAGAUUUGCAGUGUAGAUUCAUGUUGAUAUAAAUGCAGUACCAGUCGCCUUAUGUGUAGGUAAUGAAUUUAUUUAUAAAAAUCAUAAAAUAGUUGAGGAGACAAUCACUAAGCCUGCUUGAUAGUGCAAAGCUAAACAGUGCCUCCGUGUUGAAGUUUAAAGAUCUGAAUAAAUAAAAUAAGCACAUGUACAAUGUC